AUGUUAUUAACUUCCGCCGUUGCGGACUCAGGCGAUGACAUUGCGGCUGCACAGACGGCCAUAUCUUCCGCGUCCGCCAUACUUUCUGCCACACCUCCGUCCGGACCUGCUGCGACGGCGGCUGCGGCUGCGGUUGCUGCAGCAGCAGCGCUUCCUCCUGCCGCUGCGUCUCUCACGACGUCCACCAGCGAUAGUGCAUUUGCUGCUGCAGUUGCGGCUGCGGCAGCUGCAGUCGAGGCAGCUCAGGACUCCAUCUCCUCUAUCCUGUCUCUGGGAACACUUCCUGACUCCGUGUCUCAGGUUGUCAAUCAUUUGACGUCCGCGAGUUCAUCCAUCAGCAGCGCUCUGACAAACACGCAGAACGUUAUCAACCCCCAGACGCCGAUCCCACCCAACAUCGAUCCAGCGAAGAACCCGAAUUACAACGCAGGUCCCCCGCCUGGCAUUCCCGCUGCCGCCUGUUUUGGUGCAGGCUCGAACGGUUUCCUCAAGCUCGGAGACACCUACGUGUCCACCAAUACCGACGGCACUCUCGGCGGCGCUACUCUUGUCGACGCAGGUUCCGACGCGUUCUUCGGGCUGCGCGCACCUGCCGAUAUCCCCUUCAUAUCCGUCACAGGAUGUUCUGGGGUUUACGGUUGGGGAAGCGGAUCAAUAGGACCAGACUUCCAAGUGGACUGCUCGACUAACGAGCUCGGGAGCUACUGGAACGGCGCGAAGCAGACGUGCUAUUAUUUCACCACCCCUGGCCCCACCGCUGGGCUGUCCGAAUUCUUCAUCGUAUGCGGUGAUAACCUUGGUAACAUCUACUCCUGCCUGCAGGGCUCGGGGAUGUACGAGACGCUGAACCCCGCGUUCGUCUCGUGGGCUACUACUGGGCCAUCCUAG